AUGCCAGCUAUGGCCAGUGAUCCUUUUGAUUUGCCUCUGGCAAAAAGGCAGAAGAGAACUCUUGCUGAAAAGGAGAAGGUCAUCAAUCAACGGGGAGGCUCUAAAGUCUUUGCGCCCUUCCGGACUCUAGGAUUGGUUUCGCCGACUCCUGUCCCAUUUACCAGUGUUCGUCUAGGAAAGUCCACUUUUCAAAUCACUACUUCCGUGGGCCAUACGCUACAAACCUACGAUCUGCAACGAGGAUUGAAUCUGAUCUUCUUGAGUCGACCACAAACCCCGGAAAUAAUUACGGCGACAUGCGCGUGGCAGGAUAAGGUAUUCGCCGCUUGGGGCUCUCUUCGUCCCCGUGCGCCUGGAGGUAUUUGGGUGUUCAAACGUGGAAAGCGAGUCGCAGCUUUGGAGGCUCCCGGCUUAGAAGGACCCAUUACCCAAUUGCUAGUAUUUGGAUCAUGGCUGGUUGGUUGCUGGGCAGGUGGUUUGGAAGUGUGGAAGACUGGGACUUACGAGCACUACACCAGUCUGCGUCCCCAGUCGAACCCUAGCGUAUCUGCGGGGGAACAGAUCUAUGGCGGAAUCAUGUGUAACAUGCCGACGUAUGUUAACAAGGUCUUUGUGGGUCGAAUGGAUGGUGCUGUUGAUAUCUGGAAUGUACGCACUGGCAAAUUGGUUUACACCUUGCCUUCCUCUUCGCCUAACGCAGGACCUGUGACUGCAAUGCACCCAACUCCUGUCCUAUCACUUCUCGCAAUCGCCCACAAGAGUGGAUCCUUGGCAAUCUUGAAUAUUGAAUCCUGUCAAUUGGUAUUAUCACUGCGAACCCCCUCCGCGCGAGCCCUUCCUGUGACAUCAAUCACCUUCCGAAGCGACGGUCUUGGAGCAGGCCAUGAUGGCCGACAGGCCGGCGUCAUGGCCACAGCCUCGAGCGGCAGUGGUGAUAUUACCAUGUGGGACUUGAAUGAGGGUGGCCGCGUGGCCGGAGUCCUACGAGGUGCCCACCGAGUUUCGAAUCGUGAUAGUAGUAUAGGCGUCAGUGGAGUGGAGUUUCUGGAUGCGCAGCCUGUGCUCGUUUCUACCGGUGAUGACAAUACCUUGAAAACAUGGAUCUUCGACGAGACCCCCUUCUCUACCACUCCUCGGUCGCUCCACUCUCGAGGUGGACACUCUGCAGCCGUCAGCACUCUCGAAUUCUUACCAGCAGCUUCUGAUGGAUCUGAUUCGGGCGGGAAGUGGCUGCUCAGCGCAAGCAAGGAUUCCAGUCUCUGGGGACUUAGUCUACGCAAGGACAGUCAACAUACUGAGAUUUCGCAAGGUAGCGUGGAGCGCAAGUCCAAGAAGAUGGACCCCUCCGAUUCAUCUGUGGUAGACUCUCUCAAGGCCCCUGAGGUCACCUGUAUCGCAUGUUCUCUGAACCGCGAUGGCGGCAUGGGUGUCGCGACGUCUGGUCCCAUUUGGUCCAAUCCGAAGUUUACAAACACCGAAUCGACGAACUCUACAGGAUGGGAAAGUGUUGUCACUGGCCAUCGUGGCGAUAAAUAUGCUCGAACUUGGUUCUGGGGCAAGAAGAAGGCCGGUCGCUGGGCAUUCCCGACCAGCGAUGGAACAGAAGUCAAGAGUGUGGCUGUUUCACCUUGUGGAACUUUUGCUGUUGUUGGAUCUGCAGGUGGUUUCAUUGAUAUGUUCAAUCUCCAAUCUGGCUUGCAUCGCCAGAGCUUUCCACCACGAGCGAAAUCUCGAGCCAUGAAAGGACAUGCAAUUGAUCAGACACAAGGCUCAAGGCAUACAAAGUCAGUGACUGGCUUAAUGGUUGAUAAUUUGAACCGGACUGUCAUUAGCUGUAGUCUGGAUGGCAAGGUUAAGUUCUGGGAUCUUCUCACCGGUUCGUUAAUCGAUGAACUGGAUUGGUACCCCAUGGCUGCUCCAACUGGAAUCCGAUAUAGUAAGACGAGCGAGCUGGCUGCCUUUAGCUGCGAUGACUUGUCCAUUCGCGUUGUUGAUCUCGAGACCCGAAAAUUGGUCCGUGAAUUCUGGGGAUGCGUGGGUCAAGUUAACGACUUCAUUUUCUCUGACGAUGGAAGAUGGGUCAUUGCGGCAUCCAUGGAUUCGGUAAUUCGAGUCUGGGAUUUGCCCACUGGGCAUCUGAUCGAUAUCUUCCGGGUGUCUAAAACUUGUGUUUCUCUUGCCAUGUCAUCCACUGGCGAGUUUCUCGCUACAGCACAUGCAGGAAGCAUCGGCAUUAGCCUGUGGAGCAACCGCAGCCUAUUCAUGCCCGUGUCCACCAAGAACCUUGAUGAGGACCUUAUUGAGGAUGUUGGUGUUCCCACUACAUCUGGGGAGAGUGGUGCAGGCCUUGUUGAGGCGGCCUUCAUGGAAGUCGACGAUUCGGACGAGACAGACGGUCCCGUCUUGAUGAAUGAGCAACUGCAAAAGGACAUGGUCACUCUCAGUCUGGUCCCGAAGAGCAAGUGGCAAGCCCUUGUGCAUCUGGAUUCGAUCAAGGAACGCAAUCGUCCCAAGGAAGCCCCCAAGGCCCCCGAGAAGGCUCCGUUCUUCCUCCCCUCUAUGCUGCAACCUCAGUCAGCUCAGGACUCUGCCGCCAGUUCCCUUGCUGCUGAAAACGGUUCUCUCACUCAGAACAUGGAGGCAGAACGAUCUCGACUAUCUAAGACAUCCACCGGGAUCAGUGGAUUCGAUUCCACUACAAGCCGACACCUGCUAUCUGGUCAUGAAUCCGGUGAUUUCGACCCACUCGUCGAGCAUCUCAAGACUCUUUCGCCUGCUCUGGCCGAUCUAGAGAUUCGCUCUCUUGAUCCUCGGGCGCGUAAUGGCUUCUCGGAAUUGUCAGCCUUUGUUAACGCUCUCACUAUUCGCCUCAAAUUGCGAAGGGAUUUCGAGCUAGUCAAUGCCUGGAUGGCAGUCUUCUUGAAGAUUCAUGCUGACACAGUCGCGCUGUGUUCCCACCAGGAAGAGCCUGAAAACCGCCUCCUCCGUGACGCUCUGACGUCUUGGGCUCAUGAACAACAGCAGGAAGGCAAGCGUCUUGCUGAGCUUGUCGGAUACUGCCGUGGAGUUGUUGGAUUUUUGAGAUCUGCCCGGUAA